CACACAUAGUAGAAUUCUCAUCUAUGGAACAUCAAAUGAAUCUGCUUACAAGCUUCGGUUUGCUGUUCAUCAUAUCCGCAGGGUUCUUCGAGUCAUGUUAUGGCUACACGUUCCAUGUUGGUGGCAAAAAUGGUUGGGUUAUUGAUCCUCGUGAGAGCUACAACCAUUGGGCUGAAAGAAACCGCUUUCAAGUCAAUGACUCACUUCUUUUCAAGUACAAGAAAGGGAUGGAUUCGGUUUUGGUCGUAAACGAAGAGGCUUACCACAACUGCAACAAAACUGACCCCAAAGAAACCCUAAACGAUGGUUAUUCCGUCUUCAAGUUUACAAGAUCAGGUCCCUUCUUUUUCAUCAGCGGCCAUGAAGGUAAAUGCGAGAACGGUGAAAAGUUGUGGAUCGUUGUCAUGGCGGAGAGUCACCGGACUCACAUCGUGCACUCCACUGCCGCUCCUCCCACCCCAGCGUCGGCCACCCUCCCCCCAACAACACCGGCUCCUCCCAAAACAGCAUCGGCUCCGAUGCCAUCAGCCAUGCUACAAGGUACUGAUAGACCGAAAAUGCACGCACCGGCUCCGGCGACUUCAGGCGUGGCUUCUACUGCUUUGGGGGGUUGGAUUUGGGUUGCAUUGGAGAUUGGUUAUGGAAACUCAUCCAUUGAACGGGUACACAAUCUUCGCGAUCAACUUGGCCUAAUUUUAAAAGAUUCAAAAACCAUUAUUGAUUAUGGUCGUCAUUUUAAAACUCUAUUCAAUCAGUUAGCCGUCGCUGCUUAUCUGGUUGACAUCAAUGAUCAAAUUCACUACUUUCUCUGCAAUGUUGGACUAUCUUUUGAGACAUUCUCCACUGUCAUCCGCUCGUCUCAACCUACUCCAGCCUUUUUCGAUCUCUUGGAUGGGGAUAAAAGCCAUGAGUUUUUCAUUCAUGCCCUUUAUAGCACUUCUACAACACCGGUGGCUUUCUCGAUUCAAACAUACCGUCCCUCAUCUCCUUCUACAACAUCGGUAGCCUCCCUCCACAUUGUCAACUUUAUCGCCAAGAUGGUCACUACGCCAAUGCAUGUCCUCGUCUGGCAUCAUUUGUUGUUGAGUACAUUCCCACGGUCAUUCCCCCUGAUGACAAAUUGGCUAGUGCAUUUUUAUCUCAAUGACAUUUUCGUCCUCCGGUCCCAAUUGAUAUGA